CUUAUUUCUCAGCUCCAAUGCUUUCCCGCGCUUCGCUGCUCGCCACCAGCCGCCUCGCUGCAACUGCCGCGCUUCGUGCCUCGGCCGGCCGCAGCUUUCAUCGCGCUUCCGCCAUGGCCAUCGCUGCCCCUGCGUCCGCCCGCGUCACUCCCGCUGUGGCUCGCGCUAGCAUGGCUGCCCGUGCCUUCUCUGCUUCGGCUGUCAAGCUGUCAUCGGAUGGCAAGGUUGUCGACGCCGAGUUCAAGCCGGAGGACGCCAAGAAGGAAAACACAACCGAGCCCGAGCCGGCCAAGCCCGCCGAGGUGAUCAAGGGCUCACUCAAGAAGCACGAGUUCCAAGCUGAGACCCGCAAGCUGCUCGACAUUGUUGCCAACUCGCUGUACUCUGAGAAGGAGGUGUUUGUGCGUGAGGUCAUUUCGAACGCUUCAGACGCCCUUGAGAAGCUCCGCUACCUCCAGGCCACGAACGCUGAGACCUACGCCGGCUCGAAGGGCCAGCCCUUGCAAAUCCGCAUCGAUCUCGACGAGGCGGCCAACACAUUCACCGUCCAAGACACUGGUGUCGGUAUGACUGAGGCUGAGCUCAUCAAAAACCUCGGCACGAUCGCUCAUUCUGGCUCCAAGACCUUCGUUGCCGAGUCGAGCAAGUCUGGCGUGUCCAAGGACAACAUUAUUGGCCAGUUUGGUGUUGGCUUCUACUCAACCUUCAUGGUUGGCAAGACUGUGACUGUCUACUCGCGCUCUGCUGCCGAAAACGCCAAGGGCUAUGUGUGGAUUUCGGAUGGCUCUGGCGCCUAUGAACUCGCAGAGGCUGAUAACGUUGCCAUCGGUACCAAGAUUGUUGUGCAACUCAAGGCCGAGGAGGCCAAGUAUGCCUCCAAGACUGUCAUUGAAGACAUUAUCCGCAAGUACAGCAACUUUGUCGGAUUCUCCAUCUUUUUGAACAACGAGCUCGUCAACACCCUGCAGCCCGUCUGGACGAUGGAUCCCAAGAGCGUGACGGCCGAGAUGCACACCGAGUUUUACCGCUUCAUUGCUGACACGUACGACGAGCCCACCUUCACUCUGCAGUACCGCACGGACUCGCCUCUGAACAUUCGCUCUGUCUUCUACUUCCCUCAAACGCACAUGGAAAAGUUUGGCAUGGGUCGCAUGGAGCCUGGCGUCAGCCUGUAUUCCCGCAAGGUGCUCAUCCAGCCAAAGUCAAAGCAGCUCCUGCCUGAGUGGCUGCGCUUUGUUCGCGGCGUUGUGGACUCUGAGGACCUGCCCCUCAACCUUUCGCGCGAGAUUUUGCAAAACAACCUGCUCAUCAACAAGCUCAAGUCCGUCCUGACCACCCGCAUUCUCCGCUUCCUUCAGGAGCAGGUCAAGAAGGACGCUACCAAGUACGACGCCUUCUUUAACGACUUUGGCAACUUUUUGCGCGAAGGUGUCUGCACCGACCCGCAGAACAAGGGCGACAUUGCCAAGCUGCUGCGCUUUGAGAGCAGCAAGACCGAGGACGGCAAGAAGAUUGGCCUGGAGGAGUAUGUCGCUCGCAACGCUAGCGAGACUGCUGCAUCAUCCACCGAGGCUGGUGCCGCCGAUGCUGCCAAGGACACCAAGGCUCCCAUCUACUACCUUUGCGUGCCCAGCCGCGAGCUCGCCAAGCAGUCGCCCUACUUUGAAUCCUUCCAGAAGCGCGACAUUGAGGUCCUGUUCCUGUACGAGCCUCUGGACGACAUUGUCAUGCAGAACCUGCAAGAGUUUGCUGGCCGUCGCGUCGUGUCGAUCGAGUCUUCCAAGGCCGACGACUCGAAGGAAGAUUCCGAGCUCGACAAGAUCGAGUGGGUCAAGAGCCUGUCGUCGUGGCUCCAGACGACGCUUGGCAGCAAGCGCGUCUCGUCCGUCCGCGCCACCCGCCGCCUCGUGCAGCACCCCGCCAUUAUCGUUGACCACGAGUCGGCAUCCAUGCGCCGCAUGCUGCGCAUGAUUGACACGAGCCGCACUUACACGCCCUCGGUUGCACUGGAAAUCAACCCAGACCACCCCGUCAUUGUCAAGCUCGGCGCCGUCAAGGAGUCCAACCCUGAGUUGGCUGAGCAAAUCGCCGAGCAGCUGCUCGACAAUGCUCUCAUUGCCGCCGGCGUCCUGGAUGACGCGCGAAGCAUCCUCGGCCGCAUCAACACGAUCAUGGAGAAGGCCCUCGAUUCGCCCGCCAAGCCCAAGGCGACCGAGACCAAGCAGUAGCUUUCGUUGUGGUUGACAAAAACGCAUGUGCUGCUAGUUUUUCUUCUUCUUCUUCUUCUUCUUCUUCUUCUUCUUCUUCUUCUUCUUCUUCUUCUUCUCACGGCAUGACGUGGAUUGAACAUGUUGAACGUGUGAGCAGGCUUUAUGCCAAAUCAUAAAGAAUAAAUUACAAAAAAAAAAAAAAGAGGGUUGUACUUGCGCCUUCGUCC